CGGUGGCCUGGAAGCGCUGGAUCUGAGAGGUGUGCUAGCGGGUUAAGUAGUGAGGCUUCGGCAGCCAUGGCGCCCAACGUACCUGUGGCCGAACCGGCCCCCGAGAGUCCUAAAGGCAUCCGCGCCGUGUUGCUGGGGCCGCCCGGAGCCGGAAAGGGUACCCAGGCACCCAAAUUGGCCAAAAACUUCUGUGUCUGCCAUCUGGCUACUGGGGACAUGCUGAGGGCCAUGGUGGCUUCUGGCUCAGAACUGGGAAAAAAGCUGAAGGCAACUAUGGAUGCUGGGAAACUGGUGAGUGAUGAAAUGGUAGUGGAGCUCAUUGAGAAGAAUUUGGACACCCCUCCAUGCAAAAAUGGUUUUCUUCUAGAUGGCUUCCCUCGGACUGUGAGGCAGGCAGAAAUGCUUGAUGACCUCAUGGAGAAGAGGAAAGAGAAGCUUGAUUCUGUGAUUGAAUUCAGCAUCCCAGACUCUCUGCUGAUCCGGAGAAUCACAGGAAGGUUGAUUCACCCCAUGAGUGGCCGUUCCUACCACGAGGAGUUCAACCCCCCAAAGGAGCCCAUGAAAGAUGACAUCACUGGGGAACCCUUGAUCCGCCGAUCUGAUGAUAAUGAGAAGGCCUUGAAAAUCCGCCUGGAGGCCUACCACACACAGACUACCCCGUUGGUGGAGUACUACAGGAAACGAGGGAUCCACUCUGCCAUCGAUGCAUCCCAGACCCCUGAUGUCGUGUUUGCGAGCAUCCUAGCAGCCUUCUCCAAAGCCACAUCCUAGUAACAGAAGGCCAGGCGAGACUGCACCACUGCUCAUCACCCCACGGCGUGAUCCCUGCUCUUAGGUGCUGGGCAGAGGGGAGGGGUGGUCAGGGUAAGGACGGAGAGUCAAGAGUGGUGAGGGGCUCAAGAAACAUACUGGAAGAGCACCAGUGUUGUAGUGAAGCAAUUUCUUUUACAUAUGAGUAAUCAAUUUUUUUAAAGACUGAUUGGAGGGUAUAAGUAGACAUAGGGAGGUAUCGUACUAUUUCUAAGAAAUCAAGUUCUCAUUUACUCUGGACUGGUGACAAUAUUUUUUGAAGCCAGUGUCCUGAGUCCUCGGCUUUUAUCUCAGAACCUCAUAGGUGGCCGGCCCAGGAAAGCAGGAAAUCAAACUGUUGUGUCCUCUCUGUCCUAUAGCGUGGGACAGGGAGGGUUGGACUACUGAUGCCGGCACCUCACACCAUGAGAUCAAAGAAUCAUCUCCACAUUUGAAAGAGAUACAGGGUGUGCUCAUGGGGGCAGUGGCCCAGCAAAUCAAGUUUACAGGAGUCAUAGGGAGGGUGAGGCAGGCUGGCCUCACUCCCUUCCUGACUUACCACUGAUUUACCAGUCUCCCCGACCUCAUGGGUAGGCGCUCAGCAACCGCCCAGCGUGUGCCACAGUCCUACGCUCUUGCCUUCUUUCCUCCAUGAUGUGUGAAGGGACUCUUGAAAUAAAUGAGCAAGUGUCCUAAGCAACAUCAUCCAAAGAUUGCCCUUCCUGUCCUCAAAUCCUGUGACUGGGAUCACUUGACAGCACUGUGAUGUAUUUUCAAUGAGGUGCCUUUCUUAACUGACCAAAUGCUGCCUUGUUUGUCCCCUAAAUCAAUAAAAUUGUAAAAGUUUGUAUCCCCUGUUGUGGCAUUUUUUGAGUGGAUCUGGGCUAGUAAAAUGACACUGAAUUCUAGAUCUGGCUUGGAAGCCCUUUCUUGUGGUCACUAGAAGCUGUAAGGUAGGAAGGUCCAAGUGCGUGCUCAUAAGCUGAGCGUGCACCCUCACCCUGCAGUUCAUAGGCAGGCUUUUCAUGAGCCCGAGGACAAGGCGGCUUGGUGGCCUAGUGGAAACAGCGCUGUGCUUGGAAUCCAGGGUAUGUACAACAAAUCCCAGCCAAUCAUUUACUCUUCUGUUUUCUUGUCUGAAAAGAGACUGGUGAUGCUGCCUUUUCAGGCCGCAUCUCCUUGUAAAUGAAGUUUAUAAGGAGAAGCUUUUCCCUGGCUGGUGUGGCUCAGUUGAUUGAAGUGUCAUCCCAUAAUCGAAGGGUUGUGGGUACAAUCCCAGGUCAGGGCACAUGCCUAGGUUGCAGUUUGGUUUCGAGUCUGGGCAUGUAUGAUCCCUGGGUGUAUACAAGAGUCAACCACUCUCAAUGUGUCUCUC